CUUGAGACAUACAAUGGCUGGGCUAGCCGGCGUGGUGUGCCUCUGCCUCCUCCUCGCUGCCAGCUCUGUCACCGCCGCGGCGGCGGCAGCGGCCGAGGAGGAGUCCCUGUCCUCCUACAUCGUGCACGUCGCGGCGGAGCACGCGCCACGGUCGACACGCCCGCGCUUGCUCUCCCGCUCAUACACCUCUUUCCUGCACGACAGCCUGCCGGCGCACCUGCUGCGCCCGGCGCCGCUGGUGUUCUACGGGUACGCGCACGCCGCGACUGGCUUCGCGGCGCGGCUCACGGAGCGCCAGGCCGCGCACCUCGCGUCCCAGCACUCCGUCCUCGCCGUCGUCCCCGACGAGACGCUGCAGCCGCACACCACGCUGACGCCGUCCUUCCUCGGCCUCUCCCCGUCGUCGGGGCUCCUCCCGAGGUCCAACGGCGCCGCGGACGUCGUCAUUGGCGUCAUCGACAGCGGCAUCUACCCCAUGGACCGCCCGUCCUUCGCCGCAGACGCGUCGCUGCCGCCACCGCCAAGCAAGUUCCGGGGCACCUGCGUCUCCACGCCGUCUUUCAACGGCUCCGCGUACUGCAACAACAAGCUCGUCGGCGCCAGGUUCUUCUACCAGGGCAUGCAGCAGCGCAUGGGCGUGGCCGCCUUUAGUGAGGCGGGGGAGUCCUUGUCGCCGCUGGACACCCAAGGCCACGGCUCGCACACCGCCUCUACCGCUGCCGGCUCGGCCGGGGUGGACGCUUCCUUCUUCAACUACGCCAAGGGCAAGGCCAUCGGCGUGGCCCCGGGCGCGCGCAUUGCCGCCUACAAGGCAUGCUGGAAACACGGGUGCUCUGACUCCGACAUCCUCAUGGCGUUUGAGGCGGCCAUCACUGACAGGGUCGAUGUCAUCUCCGUCUCGCUCGGCGCCUCAAAGCCCAAGCCAAGAAAGUUCUACAAAGAUGGCAUUGCCGUCGGUUCGUUCAGAGCCGUGCGCAACGGCAUCACCGUCUCUGUAUCUUCGGGAAACUUCGGCCCAGGAGAGUUCACCACCGUCAACGUCGCGCCCUGGUUCUUGACGGUUGGCGCGUCAACCAUAAACCGCAGGUUCCCAGCGAGCGUCGUCCUCGGCAACGGCGAGACAUCCACCGGCACUUCGAUCUACGCCGGCGCGCCGCUUGGCAAAGCCAAGAUACCGCUAGUAUACGGCAAGGACGUGGGCUCGCAAGUCUGCGAAGCCGGCAAGCUCAAUGCUAGCAUGGUCGCCGGGAAGAUUGUGGUGUGCGACCCCGGCGUGAAUGGCCGAGCAGCGAAAGGCGAGGCCGUCAAACAAGCAGGUGGCGCCGGAGCAAUCCUCGUGAGCGACGAAAGCUUCGGCGAGCAGGCCCUGACUACCGCUCACAUCCUCCCUGCAACAGCCGUCAAGUUUGCCGACGCCGAGAGCAUCAAGAAGUACAUAAGAUCGAAUGCGUCACCCCCUGUCGCGACGAUCGAGUUCCAUGGCACCGUCGUCGGCCGGACGCCUUCGUCACCGAGAAUGGCGUCGUUCUCGAGCAGGGGCCCAAACCUCCUUGCGCCCGAGAUCCUCAAGCCGGACGUGACUGCCCCUGGUGUCGACAUCCUAGCCGCGUGGACCGGCGAGAACUCGCCGUCGCAGCUCGGCAGCGACCCGAGGCGGGUGAAGUACAACAUCAUCUCCGGCACGUCCAUGUCGUGCCCGCACGUGAGCGGCAUCGCCGCGCUGCUCCGGCAGGCGCGGCCGGACUGGAGCCCCGCCGCGGUCAAGUCCGCCAUGAUGACCACCGCGUACAACGUCGACAACGCCGGGGACAUCAUCAAGGACAUGUCCACCGGCAAGGCGUCGACGCCGUUCGUGCGCGGGGCCGGACACGUGGACCCGGACCGCGCGGUCGACCCGGGCCUCGUGUACGACGCCGGCGCCGACGAGUACCUCUCCUUCCUGUGCGCGAUCGGUUACACCGCCGAGCAGAUCGCCGUGUUCAGGACGAAAGACGACCCCGCGGUCGACUGUUCGAAGCGCAAGGCCUCCGUCGGCGACCACAACUACCCUGCCUUCUCUGUGGUACUCAACUCCACCAGGGACGCCGUCACGCAGCGCCGCGUCGUGCGCAACGUCGGGAGCAGCGCCAGGGCCACGUACUGGGCCAGCGUCACCAGCCCGGCCGGCGUGCGCGUGACGGUGAACCCACGGAAGCUACGGUUCAGCGCGACGCAGAAGACGCAGGCGUACGAGAUCACUUUCACGUCGCGACGCAUGUGGAGCGUGCCCGACAAGUACACGUUCGGGUCCAUCGUGUGGAGCGACGGCGAGCAUAAGGUGACUAGCCCCAUCGCCAUCACCUGGCCAGCGACAGCGAGCCAAGUGGCGGCGAUGUGAUGUGAGCUGCCCAGCUGCGUGUGCUUCUCUUCUGAAUAAGGCAAUAUAACCUGCCACUGCAUGUCUGCCUGCCUCAUUCCAUCGGUGCACCAGUCACCACCCUUCCGUUGCUUGAUCAAGUUGUAAAAUUCAGUGCUAGCCGCCUAGCCGUUGUCAUUCCAUCGGUAGUUUUAGCUAUCGACUUGCAUGAAUUCAGAUGGGGACUUUGCUAAAAUUCAGUGCUAGGCGUUGUCAUUUCAUCGGUAGUUUUAGCUAUCGAUUUGCAUGAAUUCUGAUCGGGACUUGCUAAAAUUCAAGUAUCUGAGUUUAUUUUUGUUUCAGACCACGAUUACUACAUAUAUUUCA